AUGGUAACAGAACUCGAUUCGCCAUUUGGCAACAGAAUGGAAACCCAGGAAGAGAAGACGAAACUUGCAAAACUUCUUCAGGACGUAGAAAUACCUGAAGUUAAACUUACUGAGCGAUGUUCACACUUGGUUAAAGACUUUCAAGAAAAAUUUGGAAAGGAAGUUGAAUCUGAGGAGCAAAUAACAAAAGACGAACUGCAGCUCAAUGAGAACUUGUGUGAUAAUCCAUACAAAGUUGACAAGGCGCUUCUUGAAGAUAUUGACAAAAAACUACAGGAAUUGCUCUUUGAACGCAAAAGAGACAAGAAGGGACUGUCCGAGAACAUCGUUUUGUCUGAAUGUGACCCCAAAAGACCUUGGCGCACCAACUCAUCCAAAGAAAGACUAUUGCGAAUAGAAAAUGAGAUAAAGCGACAUCGAGAGAGAGAAAGUGAUCUAAUUGCUCCAUUAGCUGAUAGAGAAAUGAGAGAGUUGGUAAAUGAAUGUAGGACAGAAACUAUUAAUGCUCGUCCCGUAUCAGCUGAAAGGCUGCGGAAUACAGUUGAAGCGGCAAAGAAAAAUCUGCCAAACUUCCAGUAUCGAAAAGUAGAAAAUUCCACAGCUACUGCUAUUUUACCUGAAGCUCACCUUGAGAAAGAUGGAACUCAACGUGAAACGGAAGACUAA